CAGUUUAGUUUACCAACGGCCCCCGAGUCGCAUCCUCCGCCGCGGCCGGCACACGGAAACGCGGCCGUUCAGGAGCAACGAGGAGCAAGAAGAAUAGGUGAGAGGAAACAGGAUCUCCGCGAAGCGAUGACGUGAAGCGACGAGAGACGCGAAGAGAAAUCACAGAUCGAAAGAGAGAGAGAGAGAGAGGAUAACGCGCACUUGCCUUCGUGUACUCACACGUUCCGCGAGUCUAUAUUUAUUUCCGCGCGGGAGGAUCUCUCGCGACUCGGAGGGUCAGAAGUUGGUGCGGGUGUUCGUCGGCGUUGUCGGAUAUGCGCUUGUGAGAAACCCGCCGAGGGAAGCUGCGAACAGAUACGCGGGCUAAUACCGCCGUCGGAGACAGCGUCGGGAAGGAGACCACAAAGAUGAGAUACAAGGUGAACGACCCGGAAGAUAAUGAGAGAGGCGCAGGGGAGAACGCGAAAGGAAACUCGGAUGUCUCGUGGCAUUACAGUCAAAGAAACGAGAAGAAAUCGGGCGGUAAGGAGAUGAGGCUCGUGAUCGUCGUCGGACUGUUGACGGUCACCGUCAUCGCCCUCGUCGUAACACUGACCUUGCAGAUGGCGGUUUUCCGUAGGAGGGAAUACAAAGAGAUGUGCCAGAGCGAGGAGUGUAUCAAAACAGCGGCGCGAGUAAUAGGCGCGAUGAACCGAUCCAUGGAUCCUUGCCAGGACUUCUACAGUUUCGCCUGCGGCGGCUGGAUCGACAAGCACCCGAUUCCUCAAAGCCAAAGCUACUGGGAUCAGCUGAGCCUGCUCAGGGAGGAGCUCCUAAAGAAUUUAAGGCUCUUGCUCGAAGAGCCGGACAAAGAGACUGAUCUCAAGCCGGUGAAGCUCGCGAGAUCUCUUUAUAGGACUUGUAUGGACGUUGCGAGCGUCGAGGCAAUGGGAUUGGGACCGAUUUUCAAGGUACUCGAUAAAUUGGGCCUACCGAAAGAGCCGCCGAUGCAGGGGAAAAUACCUUCUAUCGAUUUACCGAGGAUAGCGGGCGUAGCGCAGAGAGCGCUGGGUCUGAAUUUCCUCAUUCAUUUCUACAUCAGCGAAGACAUCCGUGACACUACGAGGAAUCGAAUGAUGAUGGAGCAGGUGUCCCCCGGAUUUAGCGAACGUUACCUACUGGAUCCACGGCGAUUUCAGUCGGAAUUAACGGAAUACAAGAAGUACAUCAAGGCCAUGGUCGAACUCGCCGGGGCCGGUAAUAUGAGCGCAAAUUAUGCCAAUGAGAUUUUGGAGUUUAGCACAAAAAUCGCCAAGAUCAUGGCGACACCCGAGGAGCGGCGCAGCUCGGAUCACUUGAUUCACGACGUGACGAUCAACGAGCUGCAGGAACUCACCGAUCUGCACGUGUUACAGUGGAAUUGGACGAGGUAUCUGGAGGCCGCGUUCGAGAACACGAAUGUCACGAUAAAUCCGGCUGAGGAUCGAGUUAUCAUAAUGGACCUGCACUAUUUGCAGAAAUUACCGUUGCUGCUGUCCGUCACGCCGCACGCCACGAUAGUCCGAUUCGUCUGGUGGAACGUGUAUUCGACCGUUGCCCCACUGACACUACAGAAGUUCCGCGACCUCGGCUUCCAGUUCUCGCAGAAGGUCUACGGGCUGAAGGAGAAGACCCCGCGUUGGAAGGGAUGUACCGGCAAUGCCAACGCGAACUUCGGCAUGGCGCUCAGCUACGUUUACGCGCAGAAACACUUCAACGAACAGGCGCGAGAAAAGGCAUUGGAGAUGCUGUUGGAUAUCAGGGCGGCGUUCGACGAGAUGGUCGCGGAACUGGAUUGGAUGGACAUCGGCACGAGAGCUCGGGCCCAUCGAAAAUUACACGCGAUGAGACCGUUCGUAGGAUUUCCCGACUGGAUCACCAAUCCGAAGGAACUGGACAAGUUCUAUGACGGGGCGGAGGUGAUCGACGGGAAAUUAUUCGCCACUUUUCUGAAGCUGACUAACGUGAGCGUGAGAAAAAGUUUGAACAAUCUUCGCGAAAAGCCUGAUAAGAACCGGUGGAUAUCAACCGGCACGACGGUAAAUGCGUUCUAUAGCGCCAUAUUGAAUUCAGUCACUUUCCCAGCUGGUAUCCUGCACCCACCAUUCUACGGCAACGGAUUGGAGUCCAUCAAUUACGGCGCCAUGGGGGCUAUUAUGGGCCACGAGCUUACGCACGGUUUCGACGAUCAAGGUCGUAGGUACGAUGAAAACGGCAAUCUUCGGCAAUGGUGGAGCGACGAGACGUUGCGACACUAUCACGAGAAGGUGCAGUGUAUCAUCGAGCAAUACGGCGACUAUCAUUUGCCGGAGCUGGGUGAUAAUUUCACGGUGAACGGCAUCAACACCCAGGGUGAAAACAUCGCCGACAACGGUGGUAUUAGGGAGGCCUAUAGGGCCUAUCAGAGGCUGAUCGCACGCAGCCCGUAUCAGCAAGUUCUGCCUGGUCUCGUCGACUAUAGCAACGAGCAGCUGUUCUUCUUGGGCUUUGCUCAGGUCUGGUGCGGAAACUAUACGAACGGGGCACUGAAGUCGAAGGUGAUCGAGGGGGUUCACGCGCCGAAUCACUUCAGGGUAAUCGGCACGCUGUCGAACAACGUGGAGUUUGCGAAGGCGUGGAGGUGCCCGCUCGGUAGUCCCAUGAAUCCACCGCACAAGUGCAUCCUGUGGUAGACAAGCCGGCGACGAGGAAUCGACGAGAUCGUCCGCACCACCGAUUUCUCUCUAAUUAUAUUCCUACAGAAGACGCGGUGUCGAGAGAAGCGGUGCUGUUCGAUCGACGGUGCUACGCAUCACGAUGCAUUUCCACCUUGUUUCUUUCUGCAGGAAUACAUCGAGAAAUCGAUUGAGAACGUGAUAAGGACAAGCCGACCACGUCGUUAAUAAUCGCGGCUGUCGACAACUCCGACGAGAUUGUAAAUAGACUGAUUCGUAGGAACUAGCGAGUAAUUUAUUACGCACUUUAGACGGUAGCCUUAUCGUUAUGUAAAUAUCACAUAGAAAAGGAGAUGAUGAUUUUUUUUAUAAAGAGAUCGCUCUCUCAA